AUGCAAGAUCAGGUGGCAGAGAAGCCUGCUCUGGUGGCGGAGAGCCCUGGCGAGGAGGGGGUCCCCGUGGAAAGAUAUCCGCGGCGGAAGAGGGCCCCUUUCUCCUCGGGCCGGCCGAGGUGGCUGACCCUGCUCAGCGUCGCCGCCAAGAACGCCGCCCCCCUCGCCGUGCUCAUCUACCUGGGCGACCAGGCCUGGCGCUGGGCGCACCCGGCCACCCUCGCGCCGCUCGACCAGGCCGCGCUCGCGGGAUACAACGCGCGCGUCGACGACGUCGAGGCCUCCCUCGUCCGCGCCUUCCGGGGCCUGCAGCUGCAGCUCGAGGCCGUCGACCGCAAGAUCGACGGCGAGGUCGGGGCCGCGCGGGGCGACCUCGCCGCGCUGCUCGACGAGAAGAGGCUCGCCCUCGAGGGACACCUCAACCUGCUGCACAUGGUCUGCUACUCGGCUCCGUUUUCGUGCUCCUCUACCUGAUGGUAGCGACGCAGUUCAGCUACAGCCAAAAAGCCUUGUUGGAGUUGGACCGAGCGACGGUUGAUUCAGCUAAAAAGCUUGAAAGGAGUCAUCCACGGCAAGAAGAUGUGAUCAGAACAAUGGAAGACUUCAACAGGGAGGAAGAGGUGGCCAAGGCGCACACGGAACAACGGCGUCAAGGUAAACGCGAGUUGCGUCCACGCUUGUUCGACGCGUUCUUGGGUGAGAUCAAGGAGAAAUAUCUCCUUCGGUUGGUCUCGCGGCCGUGCGACCAGAGCUGGAGCACGCCAUCAGAUCAAGCCGGACCAGCACGUAGCUAGCCA